GAUGCAAAUUGCUGGAAAGUACACUGAAGGUCUUUGAAAGUUAUUGGAUAUUCCAGUGUGCAGAAAGCAGGCUCAGCCAGGUGGAUGCUGGUUUGUUCUGUGUAGUUUUUAAGUGAUUGAUCAAUGUUUUCCGAGAGCAAUAUGCCAACUUCUUUUGGUUUUUGUACUUAAAGUAUUUCUAAAAAACUUGGCGAAAUGAUAAACAUCUACUUAAUACUGGGAUUUUACCUGAUAUACUUCUAAGUAUAGCCCUCUGACUCUGCUCAAUGUUUAUUAGCUGUGGCCAGCUUCUCUGACUUUGCUGCAGGCUCUAGCUUGUGUGUUCCAGCACUCUUGUACAUUUUACAACUUUGCCUCUCUAUAGUGCGUAUGGGUAAAUGGGGGGUUUAUUUAAACUGAUACUCUACAGCUCUGCGCUGGUGACAUGCGUUUAGCUUAGCUUUAUUUGGGGGUUUACUUAUUUAUUUGAAGGAUGGCAGUAAUACGUCUUCAGGCGUCCUCAGAGACCUUACCGCUCCCUACAACCACUCAAAGGAGCCUGGAGCUCGGGCUGUUUCGGCCUCUUCUCCCAGACAAGCAGCGACAGGAGAGGAGGAGGUAGAGGACGGAAACUUAGGCUCUGCGAAGCACGUUUAGGAUUGCCUUUCAGGAGCAUUGCAUACCAAAUGUAAAAGCAGAAGCUCCCUACUUUACAAAGUAUUGAUGAUGAGAAAGAUUCUUUUUGUGAUUCAAGUGGUCUAGAAGUAGAAGAAAAUAAUGUUAUUUGCUCUGAAACUGAUGAAAUUCAAAAUACAGCUCUAUACAUGGGAACAGGCCUCACUUUACCAUCACAUUUGACUACAAAUAAUGAAGAAAAUAGGGACCAAAUUAUCAACCAUGGUUUGUUAAAGAAAGUUUUGCGUGGGACUGGUGCUCAGGCAUGCAAUAGGCAAGGUUUAAUACCACCCUACAUCAGUCAAAUUUAUGAUGAAUUAUUUAUCAUACAUCAGAAGCUCCAGAGACAAAGUUCAGCACAGCAGGAGUAUGCUCUGCAACUGCAGAAACGAGAGCGUUGUCUAACAGAACAAGAAGCAUUGCUUUUUACACAUGAAGCAGCUUUGGCUAAAAUAAGGGGUGUUGAGGAAGAAGUUCACACAAAAAUUGCAGCUAUGAAAGAGCAGCAUGAGGCAGAGGUUAAACAGCUGACAGAAGCCUUGAGAGAAUUAACUAAAGAAAAUAGGAGGCUGAAGUCAUCAUUUGACAGCUUGAAGGAAGUGAAUGACUCUUUAAGAAAGCAGUUAAGUGAUGUAACUGAAUUGAACAAGAAGUUGGAAGGUCAAGCACGAAACGUACAAGCUCGUUUAGCAAAUCUACAAAGGAAGCAUGAAUUUUCAAUGGUACGGAAAUCUAAUGAUUUAUGUCAAGUGAUGAAAGAAAGCAAACCUGUGAAACAGGAAAAAGUGACGGCAACAUCAAAAACUGCUAUGCUACCAUUGAAUUCACAAGUCUAUGAGCUCUUAACUUAUCUUAUGGAUUGGAUCUCUGACCAGCAUCUUAGCAAAAUGAAAGCACAAGAGGAGAGAGAGGACAGUCAUAAACCUAUGGUUACCCAGAGUUCAAAAACCACCUGUACUCAGGAAAAGUGUAUGAAGCUUUUGCCUAUAGCUACCGAGCAACUCCAGUGGAUGCCAUAUGUGAAUCCUAAACUGCAUGUGCCUGUGCUUAAAUUUAUUUACUGGUCUAUAAGACAGUUAGACACAUCUGAUAUACAGCAUGCAACAAUGAGAUCAACCAUGAGGAGACUUGGUGAAGAUAUUUUCAAAGGCAUAGUGUGUAAGGGAAACCCACACAGUUCUGAACAGUCUACAGAAAGUAAAUCAAAGUCAACAGCUUUCUUUAAGAGUUUCUGUAUGCCUCUGAGGUUUCUGUCUACUUUGAUUGUGCUUAAAACAGUGAAACAAGUGGAUUACCUGGCUCAAGCAUUUGAGUCCCUUCGCGCAGACUUGAAGACAGAUGAAGGGAAGGCCUUAUUUUUGGAAUACCAAUGUGUGCCUGUUGUAUUAAGUCACCUAAAAGUAUCCAGUGCAAGUCUGCUUUCCAGUGCUCUUGAUGGAUUACUUCAGAUGACCAUGGAAUCUGGUUCCUUACAGCCUUUCCUGGAAGCCUGCAGUAAUGAAUCCUUCUUCCGGACUUGCUCUGUGUUGCUUCGAAGUUCUAAGCUAGAUGUUGCAGUUUUGGAAAAGCUCUGUGUUAUACUGCAAAAACUCUCUAGAAUAAAAAGCAAUAAGAAGAUGUUUGCAUUGUUUGGUCUUCAUCAAAUGUUCCAGGAACUGCGUAGAACUAUAGAUCCAAAUCACACCUUCCUCUGCAUAAACCUCAAUUCAAUUCUGCUGAACUUGGAAUUGUUGAGGAGUACCUGUCUUGCCCCAGUCUAAGCACAAGUCACUAGCACUAGCUUUCAAUCUAAUUAUUGUUCUGUAUAAUUUAUACCAACUGCUUAUGUUACUUGAAAUUUUGAGUUUUGGGUUUUUUUUUUACUGAUUUGUAUAAAUAUAUUACAUAGCACCUCAGUACUCUGCAAUUCACUGUGUAUUGUGUGGAUUUUCACUUAUAUUUCACUCAUUUAUAAAAAGGAAAAUGAAAAUAUACUAGAUAAUAUACUAGGCAGCUUUCUUCAAUAUUUUCUAAGGAAGUGAAAUAAUGUUGCUGUUGUGAAUGACUAGUGCAAUGUAAGCAGACCAGAAAUACCAAUCCUUCCUUACAGGUAUGAAUGUUUUAACUCUUCAGAGAGCUUUAUGAAUUCUUUAAUUUAUUUUAUGGUUGAUAAGUAGCAGAUAGAUAUCUUAGCAGAUUAUUUUUUGAUAAUCCUGCAGUUUUAAUGAUUAAAACCAGAUUUUAAUUUAACAUAACUAGAUGCAUUGAAUGAGAAAUUUUGUUGGUUUGAUUUCAGAAUUUCUUAAGAAUUUGUUUGAUCUUUUCCUGUAGUUAAGUAGCAUUUAGUAUUUUAUCCUGCUUUGUAUAGUGCAACUUUGGAUGGUAAUAUCUUUGCAAAUGUAAAUAAAGGCAUUUCUUAAAAUGUCCUGCAAUAGUAAUCCGUAACAUAAAAUUAUUGUAUUUUA